GUGCUGGAGUUGGAGGGUCUCGUGAGUUUCUGCAGCUCAUUCUCGAGCUCUUGUUCACAUUAAACCGAAGCACAUGAUGAUGGAGCUCGUGAUCCAGCAGUCGCACUUCAGGCCAGUACAAUGAAUGAAUGAGCUUCUGCGCUCUGCUUCUGCUCCAUCUUCAGCUUCUUCAUCAUGGCCUCUCCGCGCCUCGAGACCUUCUGCUGCCCGAACCGCGACGGCGCCACGGAGCUGGUGGUGGGCUUCCAGCCGCUGUUCUUCGGGGUGAUGUGUGUGUGCAGCGCCGCUCUGAGCUCCGGGCUGGCGCUGCUUCAGAUCCUGCCCAAGCGGAGGAGCUUCAGACCGCAGGCGCACAGCAGCAGAGCCGCGUCCUCCAGCCGCAUCCUCACCAUCAUCAGCGUCUGCGACAUACUGGGCUGCACAGGGAUCAUCAUCCGCUCCUCGCUGUGGAUCGGUUUGCCAAACCUCGUCUCGGAGAUCUCAGAUGGGAACAGCAGCUCUGUGUGGCCGCAGGUCUUCUGUGUCGGCAGUGCGAUGUGGAUCCAGCUGUUCUUCAGCGCCUCCUUCUGGUGGACUUUCUGCUACGCCGUCGACGUCUUCCUGGUGGUCAAGAGAUCCGCAGGCAUCAGCACCAUCAUCCUCUACCACAUGAUCACGUGGGGUUUAACACUGCUGCUGUGUGUGGAAGGAGUCGCCAUGCUUUACUACCCAUCCAUCUCCAGUUGUGAGAACGGUCUUCAACACGCCAUUCCUCAUUACGUCACCACAUACGCUCCAAUGCUGCUGGUGCUGGCAGUCAAUCCAGUGCUGUUCACCAGGACCAUAUCCGCCGUGACGUCUCUGCUCAAGGGUCAGCAGGGCAUUUACACAGAGAACGAGAGGCGACUCGGCUCUGAGAUCAAAAUACGCUUCUUUAAGAUCAUGCUAGUGUUCUUCAUUUGCUGGUUGCCCAACAUCAUCAAUGAGAGUCUGCUGUUUUAUCUGGAGAUGCAGGACGAUGUUAAAUCCAGCGAUCUGAAGAACAUUCGCAAUGCUGCCCUAAUCACAUGGUUCAUCAUGGGCAUCCUGAACCCCAUGCAGGGCUUUCUGAACACACUGGCGUUUCACGGCUGGACGGGUCUGGAUCUGGACUUCAGUCGGCAUAGACGCCGUGAGCUGCCCUGGGACUCGGCCUCCACAUCUCUGGCUGGAGGAUUCACUCCUGCAGUCGGAUCCUCUCUGAUUUACCAGAGCCACGUGCAGGAGAUCAAGAAAAACCUGAGCGCAAACGGAGGCCAGCAGCCGUCGGACGCCAUCAGUGUGCUUUCUGAAGAUUCAGAGUCGAGCACGGUAGAAAUCCACAUCUCCAGCGAACAGCGAGAGGAGCUGAAGCGAAACGGAGCAUCAUGGGAGAUUUCCACAGGCUGAAGAUUCAGAAGAGUCGUUUGAUGAUCAGUGAUUCUCUGAACAAACGACUCUGAAGCUCUAAAUACUCUCUAAAAUCUUCAAGACUCUGAGUUGUUAAUGCUUUACCGUGCACUUUGAGCAAUUUCUUCAGUUAAACUGUUCCUGACACCACUCUAAGCAACUGUUCAGUGUUUUAAUCCUGCUGUUGUCUGUAAUUCUGUAUACACCAUUACAUCCUUCAGGUCAAACUGACCUGCCUUCACUACAAUAAAGCAGAUCAAUUUCAAUUCAA